AGACUAGUAGGAAGAGCCUAGUCUGAGUAGAAAUAUAAAUAAAAAUCAUUUCAAAAAUAGAGCGGUUAUACUUCUCGGUAACUCUUCGGACAACGUUAACGAAAAUAUCGAUAGCUAGCAGCGGAAGUAGAAGCGUUACCGGACUGCAGCUAUUAUUGUUUGUUUAAAAUGCCUUUGAUAUUUCUGGUUUGUUACGAAAGAAAUCUUUGCUAGCUUAAGUGAAUUCAAAAUUGUUAGGAUUCUGAAAAUUUUCUUAACAACAACGUAUAUUUAUUAAUUUUUUUAAUACAACUGAAAAGUAUUUAUUAAGUUUCGACCAAAGCUCGUCAGUAUUGCGUUAGGCCGUUAUUUAAGAAUUCCCGAUCUGGCAGCACUGGCUGCAAAUAAUAAUAUUUCCUAAUCAAUACCUGAACUGAUGCCCAAAAUACACCGUUUGAGCGACAGACAAUACAUGGAGCUCGAUGGCCUUUUUCAGACGAUGGACAUGCCCACCAGCCACGAUUCGGAGACGGAUCUGGAGUCUGACUCGGCAUUGUCUCUAUGCCGCCUGAACCGCUACAACGUCACCAACCUGUAUGAUGGGUCGGUUGGUGGGGGGGGAGCAGUGGCGAUUCCGGGGACUGGUCGCCAGCGCUGCUACACAAUGCCCCACGUGCCGCCGCCAGCGCCGCCCUCCACGCCCACUCUUUUGACGAGCUGCAGUAAUGGUAGUAGCAACAGCAACGGAAACUGCAGUUCCUCCACCGUCUCCGUAUCCAUUUCGCCCACCUGCUCGGUCAGCGGCAAUCCACAUCCGUUGGAAAGUCCACUCAACCACUUCAUUCACGUUAAAAGCGGCAGGACCUUGCGUCGAGAAACGCGCUGCGUAGAUUCAGAGCUCUCCAAGCUCUUCAACGUAGUGUCCAUCACAAACCGGCUGACGACGAUCAAGAAUCGCACCAACUCCGGCUCCAACUCCAAUACCAUUUCCUGCGCCGACCGUGGCAUACUUAACGCAUCGCGUACCAUAUCGAAGCUCAAUGGGGCGACGGCUACCAAAAUCUUCAAGAUCCACCGCGACCCCAAAGAGUUUCUGCGUGAGACGGACGAGGACUCAGUAUCAGCGCCGGAGUACGACGAGGAGGAGGAGGAUACGCGUAUUCGCUACUAUCGGCGAACGCGCUACUCUCGCCAUUUCAACUCUCGAAUGGCGCGCAAAUUUAACAGGAAGUUUGCCCGCUUCGAACACCAUGAACGCAUGGAGACCAUCGUUGAUAGCUUCGACUUCAUGAGCGUCAAUGAUGCGGACACCUGAGAGGCGGAUCUGGAUACGAACCAAGAUCAUUUUAAGAAUGGUGUAGCUUGGUAGAUGGGUCGGCCAACCAAUGUGAUGAAUGUGAAUUUCAACUAAUUAUUUUUAUUACUACAAACUACUAUUAUUACGAUUAUAAUUACCGAUAUUUGAGCUGUUCUCUCCAUACGUUUAGUUUCCUUCUAUGCCGAUUGCCGUGGCGUCCGAGAGUCGUCGCUAGCAUUCUAUCCCGUCCGAUAUGAUUGGGCGUCGGUUCUCGGAAGCAGCGCAGGGCUUGCAUUUAGUUUAGAGCUUAGUUUUACGUGUCUACGCCUCUGGGGCGGAGCAGGUGCAGCCGACCACCGACUGGUUGUUUGCUCCACAAACAGAACGAUUCCAAUAAAUGCACAAAUCGUGUUGUAUUCGAGAUGAGA